CAAUCAGGUACGUUGGAUCUCAGAGGGUAACCGCCCCCGAACAGACAAACAACAAAAAUGGAGUUGUGAACUAGUAGCAAGUUAGCUUCUAAAGGACAUUCAGUUUCUGUUUUUGUGUGAAUAAUUUGAUAUCAGCGGGAGUGUAUAAUAGAUUAAAGUAGCGUGGUUCGAUCAUAUAGAAUUCAUAUGUCGUUAAUGUAUUGCAGCAGUCGCAAGAAGCUGUCGAACUGGUAAACAAACCGGUAUCUUGUCUACGACAAAGACAACAAGGCUCAGUGGCUAGCUAGCUAGCAUCUGCUCGUUUUCACCAGGUUUUCACUCGCACGGCGCUUAACCUACGUAGUUACCGAAAGAAGAGCCCGAGUCCGACAGACAUGGAGAAGAGUGAUUUCCUGAAGGGACUACCUGUCUACAACAAAAACAACUUCAGCAGGUUCCAUGCAGACUCUGUAUGUAAAGCAUCAAACCGUCGACCAUCUGUGUAUCUUCCAACCCGGGAAUAUCCAUCAGAGCAGAUCAUAGUCACAGAGAAGACAAACAUCCUACUGCGAUAUCUCCAUCAACAGUGGGAUAAAAAGAAUGCAGCAAAAAAGCGGGAGCAGGAUCAAACAGAGGGGGAGAACACGGCGCCUCCGCGGAAAAUUGCCAGAACCGACAGUCGAGAGCUGAACGAGGAUUCAUAAAAUGGUGUGCUGUACUCCCAGCAGAGACUGACUUACACAAACAAAAUGCACACUCACAGAUGCAGGUUAUAAAUAUGUUUGCAAAGCGAGCCUUGACACUGAAGCACACAAGGAUCAUUUCAGACCACAGCUGACAUGACAUUAAACCCAAAGGCUUCAUUGCAGCGUUGGUCGUUAUGUUUGCAUUUGACGUUGGAUUUCCUUCUUAACCAAAACCCUUUGUCAUCAGUUUAUGUACUGCUUUCACCCAGUAUUUCCUUUUACUUCCAUCAAGCCACACUUCUGCCUCAGAUUUAGUCUUUGUAGUUUUGAAAAUAACAGGCAUCUACCUCCUUAUUCCUCGACCCCUCUGGUUUCCAUUCACUUAUCCUCGCCUUUUGUUCUUUUGAACGUGAAGCGAGUAAAUCCAUUGCAGUUGUGGUUACUUAUACCAUCUCCAUGAUAUGCAUGUUUUAAGUUUAUAUCAGUGAUUAAGCGGCAUGCCAUCUUUUGCGGGUCCUAUUCCAUAAGGACUUUUUUGUUUUGAUUAUGAGAUGACAUGGUCUGAAAAAAUUAUUUAAGCUCAUCUUUUAUGUGAUUACUGUCCUUAGAGUAAAUCAAAAAUAAAGCAGCACUGUGUUAGUUGCUUAGAAUUAAAGAUCCAUUCAGGGUUUUGUUAUGGACUGUGUUGUGGAAAAAGACAGAAGUGCUGAAAGAAAUGUUCUCGUGUUUCCUUCUGAUGAAUAAUGAUUUAUUGCCUUAAAUGGAAGCGAGUGUGUUUUCACUAUGUCUUAGGGUGCCCCCUUGAUUUACAUUGUUGUUUCAAAUGAAAAAAUGAACCACCGUCGGGUUGAAUGGAUAUUAGUCUGUCCUUUCAAUAAGGACGCAUUCAAGCCAGUACAGUCAUAAUAGAGGAUGCAAUCUCUUUUGUCCAGUGUGACCUGCAGAUUUGUAGCCAUAUUCUGAUGCUUAGUACUUUUGAGAUCACCACUUAAUAAGCAGUGUUCGUAUCUUUGUAACGGCAAGGUUAGCAUAAUAUUUUUACGGAAUAGGUGAUGACUGCAGAUGUGUGUAAAUGUACACCGAGCUGUACUAAUGUGUAGGCUAAUUGCAAGGACUGCUUUCAACCUUGUUAUAAAUGUGCCAUUCACAUUUGCUUAAACAGGUUGAUCACAAUGAGGGAAUGUGUGCUUGGAAUUACAAGCUUUUGACAGCAGGGCUAAAUAAACACCCUGUCUUUGCUCCAUAAUGCUACACAAAUGUUGUAUAUUUGUACAGUAUGUAUAUUGUGAUUAUUCUGACCUUUUUAUCAGGUAACAAAGACUCACUCUAAUUUUGUCUUCCCCAAGUCAGCCAUAUUGUAAUUUCACUUUAUUGAGCCACUUUGUUCUUUUCGCUGGAGUCAAAUAAGCCAAAGUUGGGUUGACACAAAAAUAUUUUUUGAAUUUGCUGAGGCUUGAAUUCCUUUAUUGCACCUUUUAGAAAAAAUACUUUUUGCAAACAUAAUAAUCUGCUGCAAAUUGUGUUUGCCACGUUUUCAAUAAUGUUUGGCACGGCUGACAGUUGAGUCUAUUAAUGUACAUUUUUAUGUUUGUCACAGAUUCCUGUUUAAAGGUUAUGGAGUAUAUGUUCAGUUUGGCUGCUCAUAUAAGUUAAAACACAUAGAAUACACAUCAAGUUUCACAUCAAGUAUGACUUUAAACUAGAGACAUGCAGUGUUUUUAUUUUCCCUACUCUUUCUAGAAGAUUAACAAAGAACAUCAAAUUGUCAUAUGGUUUGUAUUCCAUCACCAGAUUAAGUUUGGGAUGUGUUUACUGUUUAAUGGUUUGCUUUGAGUUUAUUGUAUAAAUGUAUUGUCAAUUUCA